AUGAAAGCCACCGCAGCAUUCGCGCUCCUCGUGGCUGGAGCCCAGGCCGCUCCGCAUUCCUUUUCAGACACGUUCCCGAAGCUCGCGGGCACCUCGGACUGGUCCUCAGUUAGGCAGACGGCAAACUUUCAGUCGAACGGACCCGUGACCGACGUCAACUCGGAUGCUAUCCGUUGCUACCAGCGGGCUCCCGGCGGCGCCCCGGAUACCACGCAGGUCAAGGCCGGUGGCCAGAUCACUUGGGUUGCUAACCCGAAUAUCUACCACCCUGGAGGGUACGUCCCGUCCGGCAAGACCGCCGCCGACUUCGACGGCAGCGGAAACGUGUGGUUCAAGGUGUACCAGGACAUGCCCACGACGUCGGGCGGACAAUACACCUGGCCGUCAAACGGCAAAUCCGAACUCAGCUUCACCAUCCCGCAGUGCCUAGCGGAGGGCGACUACCUGUUCCGCAUCGAGCACGUGGCCCUGCACUCGGCGUCCGCAGCGGGCGGCGCCCAGUUCUACAUCUCGUGCGCGCAGGUCCACGUCGCCGGCGGCUCGGGCUCCGCGCAGCCUGCGGGCUUGGUUUCGUUCCCCGGCGCGUACAAGGCGACUGACCCGGGCAUCAUGAUUAACAUUUAUAAUAACGGCGGUAAGGAGUACCAGCCCGCGGGGCCUAAGGUGUUUACUUGUUAG